AGUUUCGUAUUUCAUUGAACUUCCGGUAGCCUGAGGGAAAAUCUGUCGGCAUGUCGGAAGAAAUAGAGAAAGCACAGCAAGCUAAACCUGGAGGAGAUACCAUCUUUGGAAAAAUUGCGCGCAAGGAAAUUCCUUGCGAAUUUAUUUACGAAGAUGAUCAGUGUGUGGCUUUCAAUGACCUCAGUCCACAAGCUCCUGUUCACUUUUUGGUGAUUCCAAAGAAACCAAUCUCCCGAUUAUCCGAGGCAGAGGAUGCUGAUGAACAGCUCCUGGGUCACUUGGUAUUAGCAGCCAAGAAGGUUGCCAAGCAACAGGGGUUGAAUGAGGGCUACCGAUUGGUCAUCAAUGACGGGCCAAUGGGAGGACAGUCGGUGUACCACAUACACAUACACGUUAUGAGUGGGCGACAGAUGGGCUGGCCCCCGGGAUAAUUACCCACAAUAUCUGUGUAUCCAUGUUCCUGUCUUUAAAUACUAUUUACAUAUUUCAGACAUUUGAGGACCAUGGAUUGUUCAAUGUAAAAUUUUGGUGCAAAGCUUACAGUAUAACUGGUUUUUUCAGUAAAAGUGUAAAAACAA